CACCACCUCAGGAGCUUUGACGAGUUCUGUCACCGAGCAUGGGAGCUGCCUAAGGGAUCAUCACAUAAGGCAUGACCCCAGUCUUUAGCCAGCAGGGAGCCGGCUUGGCCGCGGUGACGCUGGUGACUGUGGGGUUCCUGUGUGCCAUGUGUCUCAGGUGCCGCAGGAGACCCAGGAUUAUUCAAGAAGAAAACCACAUCUAUAACCCACAGCUAUGCCGUGGAGGUAGUAGAUUUACUGUAGUACGAUCCAAAACAGUAACGCGACCAAACCAGAUUACAAAAGACCUGCCUCCAACCCCAACGGGGUCUCCAAGAGCAAUCUGUGCCUUACCAGAAUGUGCUGAAGACCAACCCAGCUAUCAAAAUAUUGCAAAUUCAAAGAAGGAUGACCCUGAGGCCUUAUAUGUGAAUCCAAUACCAGGCACGAUAUACCAGAAUGUGACAAAUUCAGAUAAGGAUGCUGACUCAUACUCCUAUGAAAAUGUGUUCCCUACUGUAGACAAUCCAAUCAGUCAAGACUCAGAUAGCUCAUCUUAUGAAAACACCAGCUUCCUGGAAAUGAAAGAGGAGGACGAUGAACCGGAUUAUGUGAACACAGAAAGUGAAACCAAAACCUGACAUGGCGACUCCACACGGUCCAAGAAGACACCACGCAGAGUGCAUUUCUACGAAGAGACCCAAGAGAAUGAAAGCACUGAGCGCUGCUAAAGAAUGUUCCUUAAAACCGGCCUACCAUUUGCAGGCAUACAGGAGCCUAUGGGAGAGGUCCUGGUGAAAAGGACUAGUUUGAUACAAGUCAUGCUUAAUAUCGCUUUUUUUUCUAACACAUCAGACAGGCACUAUAAAAUAAAUGCAGUAUAACCUGGUAGAAGGCUGAUUUGACAUGCUGAACGUAACAAGUAAGGAGGCCUAGUCAUAAUGUCUUGCUGUCACCCCCUAGUGAUGCACAGGUGUAAAUGCAAGGGUCACCUCCUGUCUUCUGGCUUAGUUUCCAUGGUUCAUGGGUUUCGUGUUUAAGUGAACCAAUUAUGUGUCAGCUAGUGAGUCCUACAUUUUCCG